AGCACUUGAGACGUCGCCUCCCCGCUUCUCUCCUGACUUCGCCGCUCAACUUCAACGCCAGACCGUCGGCGAUCAGGUGACUCGGACUGAUUUCGCUGAGGGCCAUUCAGCAGGAACGUUACUUCCGGCGCUACACGAAACUAGCGCCGCCUCAAAGAAAGAACCCUAAACCAUUAAAAUCCGGAGAUAUUACUUCGGCCCCCUUUUCCCUGUGAUGGCGCGGAGGGAAGAGAAGCGACGGUGCACAGAAGAACCUUGCAUUGAGGAUGUGCGCUGCCCUCGGCGGAUAAAGCGUAUUAGGUUUAGCGCGUUCUCUGGCGAGGGGAUAAGGAAUUCAGCGGAUUUGAGGACUGUUCAGAAUGGGUUACUUAAUCUUCGAAUGGUUCAAAAUUACUUGUGCACUCAAAAGAAUCCGGAGACAUUAGUUGCUUCCACUCAGGCUUCAUUUCUGAUUACGCAGAAAGAUACCUUCUAUGAUCGAGCUGCAUUCUCUCUAAUGUGCUGCUACAUGGGUGAUGCUAUGGAUCAUGUUGAUUUGCCUGUACCAGCUAUUAUGAAGCCUGUUGAACUAUGGACUGGGAAGCAACUUUUCAGUGUUCUUGUGCGUCCUAAUGCACACACAGAGGCAUUUGUUAACCUUAUAGUCAAAGAGAAAAUAUAUACAAAAUAUGAGACCAUGUGUCCCAGCGAUGGAUAUGUAUAUUUUCGUAACAGUGAGCUUAUAAGUGGGCAAGUAGGGAAGGCAACUCUAGGCAAUGACAACAAGGAUGGCCUAUUCUCUGUUCUCCUAAGAGAUUAUAAUUCUCAUGCUGCUGCAAGUUGUAAGAAUCGAUUGGCUAAGUUAAGUGCCAGGUGGCUAUGGAACCAUGGAUUUUCAGUUGGCAUUGAUGAUGUUCAUCAGCCACCGGCAAAGCAACCAUCUGUCUGUCCUUGAGAAUUUUUUGCAGCCCCGAGUUAUAACACAGACGGUGGAUGCAUGAUAUCUCUGGCGUAAUGAUUAAGGGUCGAUUCUUAGAAACUGACGAUCUGGAGUUUAUUUCACCAUGUGUCUAUGACUUAUAUACCUGUAUUUACUUUCUUUCAUGAUCGACACUAAGGAGUCGCUAAGAUAACGAAUCUAUUUUUUGAGAAUUUUUUAGAUGGUUCCUAACUUUACUCAUAGGAGAUGUAACUAAUCCCGCAUGCAGAUAUGUGUUAGUGUUGUCGAAUUUUUCAAUGUAUAUUUGUGAUGGUUGUUUGAGGUCAAUCUCUCAGUGUCGACAUUGUAUUUAUUGUUU